CAUUUAAUUGCAAAAAAUUGCACUCCGCAGUGGUAUAAUUAGAAUUGAAAAUUAAAAAUAGCCGAAUUAACUGUGAUUGAGUACUUUUUAAUAGAAAGUUACUUAAUACCAGUAUUUUAAAGCCCGACAAAAGUAUCGGGUGCGAAAAAUCAAUUGAAAAAUAAAAGAUUAACUUCUCUGUUUGAAUUGGAUCUGAAUUUUUUUUCGAAAUGGUUGCAGCUGGUGACUGUUUUGUUGUACAAUCUCCAAAUACUGUUGAAAAUACUAUAAUAUUAGGUCGAAAUGCUAUCGAUGGGGAUGCUGUAACAGAAGCACAAGAAGUACAUUAUUAUAAUGCUACUGAAGCGCUUGAAGGAAGGCCCGAUGGUGGUGCUGAUGUGGUUAAAGCAAAUGGUGAGAUUCUGCGUGUGAUAUUGCAAAAGCCUCGAACUGGUGUUUGGGGUGGUGACGCAGGAGCAAACGACCGCAAUGUAUCUAUUGCUGUAUCUUGGUCUAACCAAGAACCUGCUAAUGAUAGCGGAACACUAAUUUCGACUGAUAUCGUUCGUUUGACUUUGGCUAUAGCCAAGAGUGCUGAGGACGCUGUAGAACGUAUUGGCAACUUGGUAACUGACCAUGGAUCCGACGAUGCAAAAUUUAGUUUUGUUGUUUGUGACCAUACCGAAGGGUGGUUGGUAAGCAGCGGCGGUAAGUUAUGGGCUGCGCAGAAGGUUACCGAUGGAUUCCUACGUAUAACGUGUAAAGGCCUGAGUGUGAAAACAACUAUCGACAAAUCAAGCGAAGCAUUAGGUGAUACACUCAAAGCGCAAGGUCUUUGGGAUGGCGAGGGCGAUUUGAAUUUUGCCAGCAGUUUGGGUGCAGACGACGAUGUAGAUGCUGAAUGGAGUGGUGAAGCUCCCAACGGUGAUGGUAGCUACACUUUGACAAGCAUGUUUGAUACCUUACGCUCGGCUGUCGACACCGAGACAGCACGUGCAGCAAAUAUAUCUGUGUUAACAACAGGCAUAUCUUGCCAUUGGUUUACUGCAACACCAAAUGCCAAUGAGUCAGUUUUUAAGCCAUUCGUUUUUGCACCAAAUCCGAAAAUUUCACCACUCACCAAAGUGCCACCAGACAAUACUGUAACUCUCUUGCACAAAUUACACGCACAACGAAAACCAGCUGCUGUUGAAGAUUUGAAAUCACUGGAGGCGGCAUGUGUUGAAGAGUUAAACGGAUAUUUAGCUGAGCAUCCAACCGUAGACGAGGAGUUGGACGAAUUGAUGAAAGAUUGUGUUGAGGCAGAGGUCAAAUUUUAUCGCUAAAAAGUGGGAUGUUCGAAUGAAACAGACUUAUUAACGCUGAUAGUAUUUCAUAAUUGACAAACUGAAGACCUUAUUUUAGCAAACGAAUGAACAUUUAUUGGUGCAUUAAAACACCAAAAUUUUUGGCAUAGAAGUAAACCGCUUUUUUAAAAGUAACAUAACUGAUACUUUACUUUAUUUUUGUAAUUUGUAUUUUUGCAUUUAAAUUAUAUAAUGCGUUUGUCAUUCAUUCAACCAAUUUUAAGACUGCAUGUGAUUUUCCAGUGACUAUUUUUGUAUACGUAUAUGAUUAUGUAUAAGUAAAUAUCUUUUAAGGUAAAAUUAUUGAUUUUUUGUCAGUUGAUGCUUUAAAAAUAAGAUUCUCUC